UAGUAAACAACCCCUUCCAUGUCAUUUAACCAGGGCAGAGCGAUUGAGAAUUGAGAGCAAAUGGCUUGAAUGAAUGAGUUUGCUACGGGACAUCUCAUUAAUAUUCAUACGGGUAGGCCUAUGGGAAGUCUCAUGAGUCAUGUACGUGUCUCUUAUUGGCUAUCCAUGCUGCGUCCACUCUACACCGCCGUAGUUUGAAUGACGUGAAAUGUCAGUGUCAGUCGACGAAAACAAAUGCUACGUGAGGUAAAUUGCUUGGAAAAAAGGAGACCCGCCGUCGGCCGUAGCCUGAUCUACAAUUUAACAGAGUUGAGAACACAAGAAGCAGAGUUGAAGAGCGCAGGGUUGGCAGCAGAAAGGGACGCGACAACCACACAAAACUCGACACAGUGAGUGAAGCCUCCAUUGCGGGACUCAGUGAUUUGAUUUAUACAAGUGAUAUGGCGAGCUCCUUUGUACCAGUUGCAGUACCGGUGAAGUGGGCUCUGUCUAGACCUGGGAGUAGCAGAUCUGUCGAAAGUCUAUCCAGCAGUCCGGGGUCUCCCAGAUGCCACAGCCCAUGGACAAGCGGAGGUGCCAUCAGCUGUCCUAGUGUUCCCUUCCCACCACUGGGGACGCAGAGGGGAUUUGAACGCUCCAGUGGGGUCUUUUCCAAUGUGGAGAGUAGCUCUUUACAGGAGGACUGGGAGGACAGACCACCCACCCCCACCUUGUUGGGUUAUGAGGUCAUGGAAGAGAGGUCAAAGUUCACGGUCUAUAAGAUAUUGGUAAGGAGGACUCCAGAUGAAAGUUGGGUUGUUUUUAGACGAUAUACCGACUUCUCCAGACUCAAUGACAAGCUGAAAGAAAUGCUUCCAAGAUUCAAGCUCUCCCUGCCACCCAAGCGCUGGUUCAGAGAUAACUAUGAUAUGUCCUUCUUGGAGGAGCGACAGCUGGGCUUACAGACCUUUCUACAGAACCUGGUUGCUUUCAAAGACAUCACUAACAGUGAGGCAGUUAGAGCAUUCCUGUGCCUAGAUGAUCCACCAGGUCCAUUUGACAGUCUAGAGGAGAGCCGGGCCUUCUGUGAGACACUGGAGGAGACCAACCACCGCUUGCAGAGGGAGCUGGUUGACAAACACAGACAGACCGAGUCUCUAAAAAAACUCCUAGAAGAAAAAGACCUUAAAAUCAGCUUACUGGAAAAAGCAAUUGACACUGGAGUGGCAGUAAGCCCAUUGAGACAUUGCCAGCCUCUAAUCUAUAGUGAGAGCAGCACAGACUGCAACACGGAGGAGAAAGAGGACACAGAGAAGACAUCGCCCUCUCCUGGCCAACGAAGGCACACGCAGAGUUGUGAGAUCCAGACGCCCGGAAAGGCCCACAGAGCCUACUGGUAUGGCCCAGCCAGUGGCAGCCCCAUUGGACCUUACCAGUUCACUAGUUCACCUUAACCUGUAGUGUCUUCUGCACUUUCAAGCACAACAGGUUCAUCCUGAAUUACAUAUGUUAUGUUUCCCUUCAAAUACUCUUAUGAAGCUCAAUAUACGUUCUUCAUGUAAAUAAUGUUUUAGUUUUAGUGUCUAAGUCUUUGCACAUCAAGAGGCGCUGUAUCGAAACAUGUGAGUUGAUUGAAGAGUACUGUCACAAAUUCACUGCACUCAAGACAACUCACAGAGAUAUCUGAAUGAAGAGGAAAGGCCCUGGCUCACCCCUAAGAGCAUCAGGACACUCAGACUGAUCAUCCUGCGAUGGGCCUGCCUCAGCAGAGAGUGUAUUGUGUUUAAAAGGCCGACACACCUGUUUACUGAUGAAAUAAACUCCACUGGAGGUGGGCUAAUCAACAUAAUGAUGUGCCUUGGAAAUCCCAAUGUCAGACUGACUCAGUUCCUAACUUUACACAUUUUAUUAACUGAUUGCAGAGGACCUUCUACUGGGUGUUCAUAACAUCACAUCCUUUGUAUUCAAAUCACAUGACUGAUUCAGACUACAACAAGUAGACGGGACAAAUCCUGGACAUCCUGGAGUCUGGACUAUUAGGAUAUGUCAUCAUUUGACAUAUAAAUAAAAAAAUAUCUGACAUGACCCUUUUUAUAGAGAAAUUAAUAAACAUUUGUGUUUCUUGAA